ACAACAACAAUGGUGGAUAAUUGAAGAAGUGUUGACAUUUGGACGCGCGGAUGAUAUUUCCUGUUCCAGAUCAGAGAGCAAUAUUAAAGCUGAAUCAACAGGGGGAGGAUGAAGCGGCGCAAUGCGGACUGCAGCAAACUCCGACGGCCUUUAAAACGGAGCCGAAUCACCGAGGGUAUAUAUAGCAGUACCUUCCUGUACCUGAAGUUUCUGGUGGUGUGGGUGUUAGUUCUGUUGGCUGACUUUGUGCUGGAGUUCAGGUUUGAGUACCUGUGGCCCUUCUGGCUCUUCAUUCGGAGUGUCUACGAUUCCUUCAGAUACCAGGGGCUGGCGUUCUCUGUAUUCUUCGUAUGUGUGGCAUUUACAUCAGACAUCAUCUGCCUCCUCUUCAUCCCUGUCCAGUGGCUUUUUUUCGCUGCUAGCACCUACGUAUGGGUCCAGUAUGUAUGGCACACAGAGAGGGGAGUCUGUCUACCUACUGUGUCACUGUGGAUCCUGUUUGUUUACAUCGAAGCUGCUAUAACGUUUUAAAGAUCUGAAGAACUUCAUGUAGACCUUUGUCGACCCUUUGCUGCUCACUGUAUUGGCUAUCCAGUGGUGACUCUUGGCUUUGGCUUUAAGAGUUACGUGAGCUACAAGAUGCGUCUGAGGAAACAGAAGGAAGUACAGAAGGAGAAUGAAUUCUACAUGCAGCUUCUACAGCAGGCUUUACCACCUGAGCAACAGAUGCUGCAGAGGCAGGAGAGAGAGGCAGAGGAGGCAGCUUUGGCUAAAGGACUGUCAGAGGCAGAACCCACAGUGAUAUCCCAAAAUGGAGCACCUCCGGGAAAGAAAAGUACCUGUGUCCCUUUGCCAGAACUGGAGUACCGGGAGAAAGGGAAGGACAGUGUUGUAAAAGAGCGUGAGGGGAAAAAACAAAACACAAUUGGAAUCAAUAACAACAGUAUUAUACACGCACUGGACUCCAAACUACAGGAGACAGAGUACAUAGAGAACUAUGUUGGGGCAAAGAGACUGAAUAAUGACCUGGCAGUAGAAAAUACACAUGCAGAUACUAACACUCUUUCUACUUCUAAAGAUGAAAUGGGAGGGGGCGGGAAGAACUACAAAGCCAGUGGGGGUGUGGGGAACAUUUCCAACUUGUCGCCUCGGAAUCACUGCUCUUCAAAUGGCAGUGUGCAACCCGUUUCUUCAACCAAGAAUGAGAAGAAACAGAAUGGGACAGGGAAAGGGCAGAAGGACCCUUCAGAGAACUACAUACCCAACAACCAGCUGUGCAAAUCAGAUACUUUAAUACGUCUGGAGCAGGACGUGAAGCGUCUGAAGGCAGACCUGCAGGCUAACAGGCAGCUAGAGUCAGAGCUACGGAGUCAGCUUUCUUCUCUGAGCAGUCAGGACCGCAGUCUUCGCUCUGAGCUGGGCCAGCUUCGCCAGGACAAUGAGCUGCUACAGAACAAGCUCCACAGUGCAAUCCAGGCCAAGCAAAAGGAUAAACAAACCAUCUCCCAGCUAGAGAAGAGGUUAAAGGCUGAGCAGGAGGCUCGUGCCCUGGCUGAGACACAGCUGGCCGAGGAGAGGAAGAGGAAGAAGAUGGAAGAGGCCACAGCUGCCAGAGCCAUAGCAUUAGCUGCUGCCACCAGAGUUGAGUCCACUGACUCUCUGCGUGGACGCAUCAGAGAGCUGGAGACAGACUGUAAGAAGCUUUGCAUGGACAUGAAACUUAAAGAGGAGCAGAUAAGGGACCUGGAGGGCAAAUGUCAGGAGCUGCGGAAGUAUAAAGAGAACGAAAAGGACACAGAGGUUUUGAUGUCAGCAUUAUCAGCAAUGCAGGAGAAGACCCAGCACCUAGAAAACAGCUUAAGUGCAGAGACCAGAAUCAAACUAGACCUCUUCUCGGCACUAGGGGACGCCAAGAGACAGCUGGAAAUAGCACAAGGCCAGAUCCACCAAAGGGAGCAGGAGGUUGCAGAACUCAAGCAGAAGAUAGCAGAGGUCAUGGCAGUGAUGCCGAGCCUGUCUUACUCAUCGGACAACAGCAACCACAGCCCCGCCACCCCGCACUACUCCUCCAAGUUCAUGGACAAUAGUCCCUCCUCCUUAGACCCAAACGCCUCAGUCUACCAGCCCCUCAAGAAAUGACCUCUACACUAACUUUUUAUGUUGGGAUCAAACUUUGUCUCUCUUUAUGUUGGUGGGCUCAGAUCCAGUUUUGGUCUUUUUUUUUUAGUUCAGCCUCUGACAAUUCUUGCACUCUCCAGUAAAUGCACUGCAUAGUGACACACACACACAGUCCACAACCCCUCCUCACACACAUGUGUGUAUUUUGCUUGUUUUUUGUUGUAUUUUGAGAACUAUCUUUUUCUAUGGGGGUUACACAAAAUCAUUUUUUCAACUGAGUUUUGCGACUUCGCCCUAUGGCAUGAUUUCUGUAUGAGCAGGUCUAAAGGUGAAAGAGAAACACAACUAUGUUGUCCAAAUGUCAAGGAGCCAUCAUGCAUUGCUUCAUGCCACUGUGAUAUUGAUCAGAAAUAUGAAACCCCCCCUCACAAACAACAUAUUUUUUGCCUCUUGACUCAAAAGUUCUAAAAUGUUUUAAAAACUGGGCUCAUCAUGUUGGGUCAGAUUUCCGAUCAGCUUUGAGUCUUAACUGUACCUGUGAAGUUAAGCCCUUUGGGAGGUACAUGAAUGUAAAACUGUUCCCUUUUUGGCAUCAAUGUUAACUUGAGUCAGUGUUUGGUAAUGUUUCAUAUUAGUUAUGACGAUGUGCGUUACCUCUUAUAACUGAUUAAACAGUUGGACAUUUGUUGUGUUCAGAUAUUCCAACACAUCCUGAUUUUACAAUGUUGGAAUAGCACUGUGUCCUGGAUAAACAGAAACAUGAUAAAACAGUUUUGUCCUGAAAUAACUUUCACCUCUGGUUAUGGCCUGAAAAGACAAAAUAUUUGAUUAAUGCUCCCUUGCUUCAGAUGCCUGUCUUCACCCUCUAGACCCAUUAAGAACUUGUGAGGCCAUAUUAUUCCUUGUUUCUUAUAAUGUUGAGGUAAUAGGUCUGUGCAGUUAUUUACAGACUAUAGUGCCUUGCAGUUUGCUUUGAAGAGGCAAAUACAAAACAUUUUCCAAUCCAGAGAUCCAAAAGCAUCAAGCCUCUCAUGAGUUUUAUUCAAGGUCGCACACAUUCCAGUUAUUUUUUCAAAGGCUGAAACAAUAAAUUACCACAGACGUGUUGCUCUCUUCAGAUCAGUUUGUCACAUUAUUACAAACUUGAAGGGCAAAUAUUACACUGGACAUGGUACGUGUCAUUUCAUAGUGACAUCUUCUUGGUGUGCCAAACACCAUCAUAACUGAUUGUCUCUCAUCGUGCCCUAUUGUCGGCAUUAUGUUGUUUACAACAAUGUACAUGAACUUACUGAGGAAUGUGUUCUUACUUUAUAACAUUUCAGUGUAAGUGCCAAGAGUUGAAGCUUCAUUUCAUCCACACUUUGUUGUAGCUAACAUUAUGCAGAAGAGUGUUGAUCUUUUUCAGAACACAGUUGUAUAUUUCUGGGCCGACAGAUGAAGCAGCAGGCGGUUGGCGGGACUGAUUGUGUUUUUUACACAUUUAUUUAUUUGUUUUGACUUCUUUGAGUGGCAAGUCCUUGAUAUUUGCAAUCAGACUCAGUUAUUUUCCUAUUAUUUUUCUAGGGAGGAUUCUGUGUGUUGGCAAAGGUUACCCCUCAAUCGUAUGACCAUGUUGUGCUGUUAUGUUGAAUAUUUCGAAAAGUAAUUUUUGUGAAUUGCUCUCGUGUUGUGAAUUCAGUUCUCAAGUUGCUUUUAUGAGUUUGUGCAAAAGGAAGAAAGGGUUAAACAUGCUUUGUUUCAUCUGUUGAUUAUUCCACCGUGAUUAUUUUCUUUACUCAAAGUGAUGGUGGCUGUGUCACACUCUCCACUUUGGUAUUCAUCAUUAAAAAAGGCUUGCUGGUGGAAA